AUGCACUGCCUACGGGCUCUAACCUAUGGCAAGCCGAAAUCGAAAGCGGAGAUGAUCGUCGGUCAGAUGAUGUCCGCUGCGAGACGUGUCUACGGCCGAUACUUCAACAUUAGUGAUAGUCACGCCGACAUGCUUGUCCACAGGUUCUACCACGACUACCCGUCCUGUCAUCCCAUCCGCAAGAAGAUUAUCCGCGCCAUCCGAGAUCAUGUGUGCGCCGACUUCGGCGCCGCGGAGGAGGAAGAAGACCACAACGCUGAGUGCGCCGCCGGGGACGAAGAGGAGGUCGGCGGCGAGCACAGCGACGCCGGUGGAGAGGAGCAGGAGGAGGGGGUCGACAACAAUGUCGAGGGUGAGGAGCAGGACGACGACCAGACCGAGGUCGACGACAAGGUCGACGUCGAGGAGGACAGCGACGACCCGACAGAGGUCGGGGAUGAGGUCGACAACGACGACCAGAUAGUGGUCGAGGAGGACAACAAUGAUUUCCACCAGGACAGUGUGGUCGAGGAGGACGACAAUGAUGUCCACCAGGGAGUGGUCGAGGAGGAGGUCGACGAUGACCACGACGAAGGCGGAGUUAAGGAGGACGCGAAGUUCCAGGAGAAGGGCAGCAAGGAGGGCUUUUAG